AUGUACGGACGAACUCCCAGACUGACCUCCAUGACACCAGGAGGCUCCUCAGCCACAGUCGGGCCCGGGUCGUACGAUGUCGCCCGGAGUCCCAGGACAUCAGAUGGCUAUGCUCCUUUCCUGUCCUUGACCAACAGACAAUCAGCAUUCAGCUCCAUUGAGACGGUGCCAGGACCCGGACAAUAUGACUCCUCACCCGUCAAGCUAAAUGUCCACGGUGGCCGCAGUCUUCAGAACCGCUCCAAGCGCUUUGAGGAGGAGGUGUCAGCGGUUCCCGGCCCCGGGGCCUACAAUGUGCUGCCUGCCUCGGGGAACUCGCUCAGGGCCAUGCCGGCCGGCGCAGGAAAGCCUGAGAAGCUUGGCAGAAAAACGUGGCUGCAGGCUAAAAGUCUGCGGCUGGUUCGUCAGUCAGAUAUUGCAUCCAUUCCUUCGCCGGGCCAGGCUCAUGGCUACGAGGAGGAUGCCCUGGGUGUGCUCCUCAAGCAACAGCCCCCUCCGAGGGAUGCAACCCUGGGGCCGGCCUACUACAACCCAUUACUGUCAGAGAAGAGCUUGGCACAGAAAUAUAAAGGAUGCCACUUUGGCAGCAUGACGGGGAAGAGAGGCGAGGUGACGGCGGAGGUGGGACCAGGUCCAGGACAAUAUUACCCGGAGAUAGUCCCAGAAACACAAUAUGAAAAUAUGAACCUUCAAAAGGAACAGAAAGGCAGAGCUGAACUUAACAUCCCUCGCUACCACGAGCUGGUGCCCAAGCAAGAGGAAAAGAAGGGAGUUCCAGGUCCAGGCCAGUACCACAUCAGAGGCCAGUUUGAGUCCAGUGGCAACCUGCCCAAGUUCAUCUGCCCCUUCCUUUCUCAGACUGAGAGGUUUAGUACUUUCAAAGAAGUGUCGCCCCCUGUUGGUGUGUAUAAUGACCCGCGCUGUGCCCUGGAGCUGCUGAAGAGGACAACAGGAGUGAAGAAAAGCCCGUUUGGCGUCACCGCUGUGCGCUUCAGUCCGAACCUCAAAAAAUGCCUCACACCAGGUCCAGGGUCCUACAAUGUGUUUGAACAGGGUUUAGCUCAGGAGAGUUUUAAAAAGGCUUUUUUAGAGCGAAGCAGGAAGGGGGGCUUCGGUUCGACCGCCCAACGCAACUCACUCUUUCUCAACAAGCAGUCAACAGAGGCCCCCAGUCCCGGCCAGUACGAGACAGAGAGGAAGACAGAGGAGCUCUAUAAAAAGCAGCACACAGCAGUUUUCAGAUCAGCCACAGAACGUCUGGCAUCGUCACUACCUGCCAAAGAUUCUCCUCCACCCAACAGCUACAAUGUGAGUCAGACAUUCGAGAAGUGUAAUGGUCACUUGUUCUCAGAACCCCGAAGUGAAGGAGCCAAGAAGCGACAGAGUUGCUUCCUCUCUGCUACACCGCGCACUGACUUCUUCCUACCAUGUGACCCCAGCGUGCCAGGCCCUGGCCAGUACAACCCCAGUGUGAAAUCCUUCCCUCAAAUGGCUCUGAUCUCCUCCAGAGAGAAUCGAUUCAAGGUCUCCAUGAACACCAACCCUGGACCUGGAACUUAUCCGUUGAGUCCAGGCAUCAUGAACACGGUGCUGAAGGGCACCUUCAACGUAACGCUCGACAACCCUCUGGACCCCCACUGCUCCCGCCGUGUGGCCCCUGACCCUCUAAGGGCCCAGAAGACCAUUGACUCCGUCACCAGGAGCACUUCUUAG